AUGAUGGAAAAAUCAAAAAAUGAGACAAUUCUCUGGGAUUUGAGAGAAUUGGAGGAAAAUAAUAAAUGUGCAGAUUGUACAGAUAGUUUUCCUAGAUUUUUGAAUACUAGUUUAGGUACUUUCGUUUGUUCAGUUUGUGGUGCAGUACAUCGAGAAUUAGGUCAUAGAGUAAAGAGUUUAGCUUCAGAUAAGUUCAAUGACGAAGAGAUUGAAAAGUUAAAGAAUAUUGGUAAUAAGAAAGCACAAGAUAUAUGGUUGUCGAAAUGGACAGAGAAAGAGUUUCCUACACCGUUGCCCUCCGAUGAGAAGAAGGUUCGUGAGUUUAUAAAGCUAAAGUAUGUCGAAAAGAAGUGGGCUGCACUCGAACAGCUUACUCCUUCAAAGCUAAAGUCACCAGUAAACAAGAACAACUCUGUCAAAGUUCCACCUUCACCCGCCAACAUUGAGAAUGUCACCUCACCACAACAGCAACAACAACAACAUGCUCAAACAGUUACAUCUCCCAACGAAAGAAAAUCAAAUUUAGAUUCACGUAAAUCAAUCUCCAAGGAAUUUGAGAAUCUUUCUUUGUCGUCCGAUAGUAAUAAUAAUUUAAACAACAGUACAGCAUCGAUUGCCUCAAUGUAUGAGAAUGGAAAUGCUUCAAAGUAUGCACCGUUGCCAUCGAGAAACACUGGAAACACCAGUUCGGUUGAUAGCAAUGGUAAGCCGUUCAAUCCAUUCCGUGAGGAGAAUAAAUACUUUACUGAGAAGAAAGAGACGUUCCCUCCAUUCUCCAAGGAACCAUACGAUCAACACACCUAUCUCAAAGAGAAGUCUUCAUUCUAUCAAAAGGUAAAGUUGGAUCAACCAAGACCAAGAACACCUCCUACUCAUGCACAAUCGACAAAUAACCUAAGCAACUUGAACUAUAGUAAACCAAAUCCAAUGCAAUCUUCAGUUACACAAUCACAACCACAACCAAUUGCCCAAACACUCAUGAUUACAGGCAGCGCGCAACCUCCAAUUGUUAAUAAUACAUUCAAUCCAUUUGUAGAUCAAUCACUCAACCAACAACCUAAUUUACUAACUCAACAACAACAAUCGGGUAUGAUGAACUCCAACCCACAACUAAUGAGUGGAAAUCAACAAAAUAUGAUGUAUAGUCAACAACCACAACUACAGCAGCAACAACAACAACCAAUGCAACAACAGACAGGUAUGUUAGCAUUGCCUGCUCCACAACAAUCAUCUUUGUUUGGUGAUCUGUUGCCAUCUGGAUAUCAACAACCACAGCAACAACAACCAUUGGCACUUCCAGCUCCAUUCCAACCUCCAUAUCAACAACAACAACAAUCAUUCCAACCCCAACAAUAUCAACAGCAACAACAAUUCAAACCACAACAAUCAUUCCAACAAAAUAAUAUGAUGAUGCAACAGCAGCAACAACCACAUCAAGAACCAUUACCAUUGGAUGAACUGUUUGGUUUGAAAUCUGUUAAUCCAGAACCAGUAUUCCCAAGUAGUGAAAUGUCAUUUGAGAAUGGAAAUCAAUUGGAUUACGAUGAGGAUCAAAAUAGAGCUUGGAGGGAUAUUGAAGACAAGAAGAGACAGUAUCUCAAAGAUCAUGAGAUAGCACUUAAAUUACAAAAUGAACUGAAUAGUCGUCCACAAACACCACCAGCCGGCUUGACAAGAGAGAGAAGCAAGACGGAGCCACCUCCACCUCUUCGUAGCUCGGCAAGCUCAGGAUUGCGUUCAAGCCAGAACAGCACCUCCACACAUCGUAAUCGUUCUCGUUCAAGCUCAAUGGAGUCUUCACAGCCAUCGGCAUCGUACCACAAGAAUACUACGACUCAUCCACUCCACUCGUCGACCUACCAGACCGACAGCUAUGACUACCGUGCUCACGAUAUCGUAGCAUCGUCAAGAUACAAUAGAAAUCAACAACAAGCCAACAACAACAAUCAACAACAACAACAACAACAAUAUCUAGAGGAUGUCCCAAGAGAUUACAACAAUAUUCAGUCACCAAGACAUUCUACCAACCAAAUGGUAGUCUACAACUCUGAUAGCAAUGCACACGCUGUCGAAUGCGAUGCCUGUGGCACCAAAACAUCAUUCGAUGCGCUGACACACCACAAAAACACAGAUUGUCUGUUCCGUCCAAUGAAAUGUACCUAUUGCAACAAACUCAUCAAAUACAUCCAAUACAAUGAUCAUCAAGAUCUCUGUCAAACCAAACUAUUCACCUGUGGAGUAUGUGGUAGAUCCGUACCAGGUAGAGAUAUGCCAUAUCACAUGUCUUCAUUCCAUAACAGAUAA